CAGGGGAGGACUGACAACUCAUGGGGCCCCCGGGCAAUAGGGGAUCAUGAGGCCCCUGUGUCCUUGCCCAGACUCAAAAGCCUAUGAAAAAGGUACCAGGGGCAUCUCAUGGGGCCCUCUACUGACCCUGGGCCCUCGGGCAGUGCCCGAGUUUCCAAAUGGUCAGUCCGCCCCUAUAUAUAGCUGGAAGCAGACAGUUUGGAAACAAUCGCUGUGUUUUGCAAUACAAAAGGAUCAUCUGUAGAUCACUCGGAUCACUCACACAUCUACACAAAUGUACAACAUACAUAUAUUUUUUGUAUUCUUCAUU